AUGCAAACAGUGACACAUUACAGCAGAAUCGUUGCUCGUGCUAUCGCUGCUGGACUUCACAGCGAGUUUCAGAUCAAAAGUCCAUUGGACAGUCAGAAACCCAAGGAUCCUCUUCAUUUGGUCUCUGGGAUAUCAGGCUACGCCAAGUCUGUAACAAAGUCUAGUCAGGUGAACAAGUGGACUUUUGGAGACGAUGCUUAUUUUGUCUCUAGGAGCAAAGUUGCCGAUGUUUUAGGAGUGGCUGAUGGGGUUGGAGGAUGGAGAAACUAUGGGAUUGACCCUUCGGUUUUUCCCUGUACUCUGAUGCAGGUUUGUGAACGUCUCGUCAGAGAGGGUCAUUUUGUGCCGCAGUCACCUGCCAAGAUCAUCGCUGCCAGUUACAGUGAAAUGUUGGAACAGAAACUACCAAUAUUAGGUAGCAGCACUGCAUGCGUAGUCUCCCUGCAUAGAGAGGAGAAAACUAUCUACUCUGCCAACUUGGGGGACAGUGGUUUCUUGGUAGUACGGAACAGUGAAGUAGUGCAUCGCUCAGCGGAUCAGCAGCAUUACUUUAACACUCCCUAUCAGCUGGCCCUGGCACCACCCAUGCAGGAAGCACAGUGGCUGAAUGACAGCCCAGAGAUGGCUGAAAGCUCAUCUUUCAAAGUGCAAGACGGAGACAUCUUGAUGCUGGCAACAGACGGGCUAUUUGACAACAUGAGUGAAGACAUGAUUGUUCGAACACUUAGUUAUUUACAUUCACAGAAGGAAGAAGAGAGGAUCCAACACGCAGCAGCCAGCAUAGCCCAAUGUGCCUACCAGCUUUCCUUAGAUCCGGAUUAUAUGUCUCCUUUUGCCAUCUCCGCUUGCAGCCUGGGUCUGAAUUUGAGAG